GUGAAUUCCUAGCGCAUGCCAUUUCCGGGUUGGAAAACCGGAGGGCCAAUAUGAACACUGCACGCGAGUUCCUUUUCCGUUUGUCAACACUCACAGCGGUGGUUGUUUUCUGGUGGCGGGAAAAAAGAACGAGUAACAAACUGUUCAGCGGAUAAUCUCCUGAAUUUUACAUAAACAGACAGCUAAUUAAUUUGAUCAUAAUAUGGCCCCAGUGAAAAUUAAACACGUCGUUUCAUUCACGUCACAGGACCCCAAGAACGGUGUGGAGAACCUGUGUGUUGUGGGUGGAGACAGCAGGUCGUGGCUGUGCAACCCCCAGGACCGAAGUGGAGUCCUCAGAGCAGAACUGCAGCUGGAGCGAGCCUCAUACUUUGGAUACAUCGAUGUGGGGAACUGUGGAUCUGCGUUCAUUCAGAUUGAUGUCGGCCGGUCCUCUUGGCCCCUGGACCAGCCCUAUAUCACCCUGUUGCCAACAGCAACACUGAUGAGUCCAGCAGAAUCCCGACAGGGCACUGGGCUGACAGGAGUGAGAAUGUUCAAGAAAGGUGAUUUCCUGUCAGAAGGUGCAGAGGACAGCUGGGACCGGGUGAGAGUAACCUGCACUCAGCCUUUUAACAAGCGCUCUCAGUUUGGCCUGUCCUUCCUGCGCAUCCGCAGCCCCCUGGAGGAGAGCGAGGAGGGCUCCACACAGACUGGCAAAGAGAGCCAGGGUCAGACAACCCCAGAUAAAUCGGCAUCAGGCGUGAGAGAAUGGCUGUCCAGCCCUGCUGUGCAGAGAACCUUCUUUGGGGGAACGAAAGGGGAGGGUGUGGUUCUGAGCCGGACAGCUCGUAUGGUCCUCACAGCGUCCCAGGCUGCCAGGCGUUCCCUUCCCCUUCCCCUUCCUUCCACUUCCUUGUCUCCCAGUCACACAUCAUCCUCUGGCACUCAGAAUACAGCAACCUCUACCCCUCCCACAGCCAAGCCAGAUGCAACUACCCAUAUCCCCAACCAGGGAAAGCCAGGGGCUCAUACAGCUACACCCAACAAAGGCAAGCCAGUUGGAAAUAUGGGAAAUAUACACCCUCACACAGCUUCAAUGGCUUGUUUAAGCACAGUUCGCAGCUCCAAGGAAAAUACUUCUCAAAGACACCAGAAGAGAAAACCAAACUCCAAAAGCAGGCAGAACCAGCUGAAUGGCACCACCUGUAGUAAGCAGGGAAAACCUGCAGUCGGUAAGAGGCCUAUAGCUACGCUACAACACACUGCCACAGCCCCUCAUCCUCAGGACACUGGUGACCUUGAGACCACAUGCCCAAUAUGCGGAGUGUUCUUUACUGCAGAGUACCUGCCGCUCCACGCCGCCUCCUGCCAGCGGUUUGGAGACCAGGAAGCUCCUGGGGGGAUUGUGACCCCUGUUCCCCGCCCCUUCCCUGUCUCUCCUGCCAGCCCAGAGGAGUCCAUGGUGCCCUGCCCUCUCUGCUCCUUCAGGUUCCCUCUGUCCCACAUCCAGAUGCAUGCCAGCACCUGUGGAGACCCCGUGGACCCCCAUGUUAUCUGGGUGGACUAGGAAAGAAUGCAUUGUAUAGUAACACAUUUUUGCUUUUGAUCAGUGGGCAGUGCAGCAAAAGUGGACAAUAUUUUGCUUUUAAUAUACUAUAUGUAUAUUUGUAUUUUACUGACUUGUUCUGUAUCUAUAUAGCUGGAAAAAUAAUGAAUCUCUCUCUGCCUACCUCUAUUCCCCACUCUGCUCUGAGUGAUUGGUUCUCUCCUGAGGUCAUUGAAGGCUGUAUGUUCUUGCACUGUUUAACACAUGCUAUGUGCUAAUGAUGACCUAUAAUAUAUUGUAUACUAUAAACAGCAUCAAUCAUA